AUGGCUGAUUCCGAGUUGGAGAGUGCACUGGCGAAGGAAGGCUUGGCAGCAGAGGUCAUCAAAGUGGCCACGGAAGGGGGCUGGACAGCCUCGGCGUUCAAACACGUUGUUGAAACUCAGGCAGAAGUUGAGGGAGCCAUCCCUGAGAUCUUCCCAGGUCAGAUUUUGUCUCGGUUGCAGAUAGCCCAGAUCAAAGCAGCGUGGGCGGGCAUGCAAACAUCCAGUUCCUCUAGUGCUCUACCGGCCCCUGUCAACGCAGAUCCUACUUUGGAGACAUGGGUAGAGAGUUUUGCUCCCAAAAUUGCAUCCACGAAGCUGUCCGAUAUGAAGCGCCAAUUCCUUGCAAAUUACCCAAGUGAGGUCUUGAAUCCAUCUACUCUACCCUCUUUGAGGCUGAUUUCCCUCGCAGCUCAUCAGGAGGCACGUUCAGAGUAUAAAUGGAUAGCUUGGAAACAUCGCAUGACGGAAGAGAAAGCUUCGGAGUUGUUAAUUGCCAGACCCCACAAACAGCCCAAGCUCGAAAUGCUGGGUCUUUCCAGCUUGCUCCUUGAUGAUCCGCCUACAAUCGAAGUGACCGAUGCCAAUAUGGGGAUCAGUGGCAUCCAGCGAAUCUUGGCAGUGCAUGACGUUGCGUUGGCCAUGGUUGGCUCAGCUCACCUUGCCCGCCUUAAAGCCUACAGCUGCAAGUUUGUCCAGCUUGUGUCCCAGCGUUUCGACCCAACAUCAGGCCUGCGUGCACCGACAAUCCUAGAAGCGCAACAGGCAGAUUGUCGGAUUUGGCAGAGCAUCCAUUCUUUAGUUAGUGAGAAAGCUUGGAGCUUGAAUGACGCGUUGCAUGAGUUCACUGAAAUCAGAGGUGAGCUUAGCACCUUGCUGCAGCCUCGUCCGAAAGCCUUGUUCAUCCCCCGCGGCCCCGAUCUCAAAGGCAAGGGGAAGCAGGUGGGCCAAUGGAAAGGCCUCGGCAAGGGCCAGGGCCGGGGCAAGGAAAAGGGCGGUAAGCCCAAGGGCGCUCCAGGGAGACACAUCACCUUCGUGAAAGAGAUCCAAGUGGGAUCUGAGAAGAAAGGGCUGUGUGUCCAGUGGCAGAUUGGCCGCUGCACAAGGGGAGGCUCCUGCCCCUUUGUUCAUGCAUGUGCAUACCCCAAGCAGGCAGGUGCAAAUCGUGUUGCUGGGUAUGAUAUCCAGCCGGCAGCUCGGCCAGCCGAGCCUGUAAAUGUGCUUCCGAAAUCGGUCUCCUUGUUGGAGACAAAUGCUGGGCCUGUGUCGUCGCCAGCAGUGCAAUGUCCUCAGGGCAACAUCCCUUCACAACCCGUGUUGGGUGAUGUCACGUGCAACAUGCCUGGUCGUUCCAGGAAUGAGGUAACACCCGGGCAGGAGCGUUACUUCAGCGGCUCCGGGGGAAUCGGGAUACUGGAACUUUGGGGUGCGCCUAGGGAAUCCUUCGGCCCGUUCAUCAGUUACGGUGAGACUUGGAAUGCCUUGUGUGUCAGCAGGAACAUUUUGACGUCCCCGCACAAGGACACAGCAAAUUUGCCGGGGUCGUCAAAUUUGACAGUGGGGAUAGGUUCGUACUCGGAUGGAGGCCUUUGGGUCGAGGACCAAGCAGGCACGGUACCGCAGUUCAUCCCCAAGCUUGGGGUGACUCUCCCGGGCAAGAUCGUCACAACGCAUCAUGCGCCGUUUAAGUUCCCCGUGCACCUUUGGCACUGCACCCAACCGUGGCUUGGCGAUCGAUGGGUGCUGACUGCCUUUACCCUCCCAGGUCCGCCCUUUGCCAUCCGCACACCAACCCAGCUAGGGGGCCUGGAGAACCUAUCCCCAUCAGCCCAGGUGCUAUGUCCUGGGAAGAAUCGUGCGUUCAAGGCCCUGGAUGUUGGACCGUGGGUAAUCCACGAUGGGGCAGGUGUGGCAACAGAUGCAAAUACAUGGAAGGAUGUAUCAUUGUCCAUCCACAUGCAGAAUUGGCGCUCGGCCUCAGUGGAUUUGUCCGUGACCCAAGCCUUGCUGCAGGAGGAGUUAGAUCAGGGUUUUUGCUUCAAGUUUGAUGGCGACAUUGAGGCAGCUAAGGCAAAGUGGCCGGGUACACUGGCAAUAGGAAAGCUCUCCGUGGUCCGUGCGCCCAAUCGUUCUGAGAGCCAAAUCGACUUCAUCCUGACCAGAGCCAUAUCUGCUGAUUGGGAAGCCAAGAACGUCAAAGUGACGGCCCCACCAAUUGGCAACUGGAGACGGCACGUCGGUCACAUGGCGCUUCACACAACCAUCCGUCUCAUGAACCAUCACAUGCUCCCCAAAAGAUCCACGAACCCCCAGCUGGACAGGCACAAACUGGAUCACGAGAUACGUAAUCGGGAGGAGGGGGCACAUACCCUGCAGCUUGCUCUUACGACAGCCCUCAACGCCCUCACGGACCCCACCCCAGCCAACAUCAACUCCACCCUUCUUGACACUUGCCAGAACCACUACCCAUUGGAGAGGAAACCCAACCCUCCAUCCAACCCCAUUGUGCAGCACUUAUGGCAGAAGCGAAGGGAGGCCGAGUACGUCACCGUACGGCCCCCAAGGGAGCCGGAAAGGGAAAACCUGGAAAACAACCCCUGGUGGUACUUCCUAUCCAGACUCUUUCGGGGAUGGAAAGCUACGGUUGCCCUGCGGAAGCAAGUCAAAAUUGCUGAGAAACAAUGCAAAGAAAAGAAGCGCGAAGACAUCCUCCAACUACUCCAAAAGGCUGAGCAGGCAGCUGAUAACGGGGACCAACGAACCGUGUAUCAGGUUGUUCGGAGAUUAGCACCCUGGCAACCUAGACAACGGGUCAUGAUUAAGGACCCAAACGGCCGACUCCUCACUCUCCAACAGGAGCACGAAGCCCUGGUGAGCUAUAGCGAAGAUCUUUUCGCUCCGGACACAGAGCAGCCGGCUAGGGAGGAGCAAGGUCUUAACUUAGUUUUCACGGUUGAGGAAAUUGAAUCGCAGCUGAAGUCCAUCAAGAUCGGGAAAGCUGUCCCUCCAGGAGUAGCUCCUGCUUCUGCAUGGCGAUUAGCGGCCCCACAGGUUGCGAGGCUGCUGAAGAUGGCAUUUGACCAGCAUUCUCACCAACCAGGGAUCACACUCCCUCUUCAGUGGACCGACGCGUGGAUAGUCUGGCUCCCAAAGCCGGGCAAAGACCCAUGCGAGCCCUCAUCGCUCAGGCCAAUAGGCCUCAUGUCUCCUGAUGCCAAAGCCCUUGCAGGGCUUCUCAAAAUCAGACUCUAUGAGCUGAUUCGGCCCCAGCUGCGCAGGGUGCCGCAGUUUGCCUAUCAGCCGGGGAGGGAUUUGUACGAUGCCUUGGCUAGAGUGCAGGUGUGGAUUGACAACUUCAAAAGGUGUUACGGACGAGGAAACAGCAGCAAAUUCGCACAAAGGGACAGGGAGGAAAAUCCGGACAACACAAAACUCUGCGUCGGGGGAGCCAUCCUCAGCCUUGACCUCAAACAGGCCUUUGACAGAGUAAACCGUCAAGCACUAGCCCAGUCGCUAAAAGACCUUGGUGCGGGAGAAAGCAUGACGGCCGAGAUUAUCUCCCUCCUAGACACAUCACGGUAUCACAUUAUCAGUGAUCAGGAACAAAGCACAGUGGGUACAACGCGAGGCAUCCGCCAAGGAUGUAAGAUCGCCCCCAUGCUUUGGGUGGCAAUAUCGACCCUUUUGCUGGAGCGGCUGGGGGAUGCCCUCUCAGGCCCCCACAGACAAGCAACCACUUUUGCCGACGAUACCUUAGUGCAAUGGCUCAUUGAAAACUCCACGGACAUUGCCCAACUUAGCAGUUUCAUCAACAAACUUCUGGGGGUCAUGCAGGACAUGGGGCUUUUGGUUAACCUUACCAAAACAGUCCUGCUCUUGAAAGUUUGCGGACCUGGAGCCAGACGCGCGCUCAAGGACUAUGUAGUGUAUAAGGACGGGAAAAAAUGGUGGCGGGCGCGACACCCUGAUGGGAGCGAGGCGCUAAUCCCCAUUGCCUGCUACACUACAUACCUAGGGACGCACCUUUCCCUCCAAACGGAAGCGCACAAAGUGGUAGGCUACCGUAUUGCUGAAGCUAACAAGAGAACUGGCAAAAUCAAAAAGGCGACCAGGUCCAGGAAAGUCUUCGGCUUAGCGCAUAGAGUACGCAUCUGGCAGGCCUGUGCUGCAUCGAGCGCUACAUUUGGCCUCAUUGCUUUCGCGCCCUCUGCCAAGGCGGUGGCACUCCUCAGGGGUUGGUUCUAUCGUCAACUAAGAGCCGUUGCGGACUCACCUGCCCACAUCUCGCGUGAGACUAACAAGCAACUUAGGCAAAGAUUAGGGGUUCAGGAUCCUAUAGAUGCCACUGUGCAACGGAUUCGGCAUAAACUUGAUAAGCUUCGGGUUGCAGAAGCGAGCAUCAUCAACCAGCCACAAACUCUCCAGUAUUGGGAAAGUAUGCUACAGCAAUACCUCAUCUUCCACACAGAUAACAUCGAUGCGGAGCCCGACUCCAGGCUGAUCCCGGUGCCCGCGCAACAAUCGCAGCCGGUGGCCUGCCCAGUCUGCGGAGUGUACUUCCCAUCAAACAAAACAAUGAGACAGCACAGGGGAAGGGUCCACAAGGUGUAUGUGAGCUCGCACCGGCAUGAUGAUGACAUGUAUCAACAACAGGAUCACUCUGCUGGUGGCAUGCCACAGUGCAUUCAUUGUGGUCUUAAGACGGGUUCAUGGGACGCGCUGAGGAAUCACAUCCUCAACAACGUUUGUGGCUGGCAGAUGCCACCCGGCCCCACUCGGGAGGCCGAACAGCAGGACAUCGCUACCCCCCCUAGGGGUCACUCAGACAGGGAGCCAUGCAUACUUGACGACACCCAUCCCUCGAGCACCAUCGCUCGGCAACAACCGGUACAGCCUGCCCAGAAGGAGCCGACGAUCCCGUUGCUGCGUAGACCUGAAGUGGCGAAGCAACUACUGCAGUCGGACUCUAAGCUGCAGAUCGUCAGAGAUCACGCUAGGAGUCUCAUUCAGCACUGUGGCUUCUGUGGACAGUGGAUUGCUAAGGGAGGCUCGGUUAAGGAGCACAUCAAGAGAAUGCACUCACACAUAUGGCAUGCAAGUAUUGGCAACCUGGACACUGAGUGUGCGAUGUAUAAAUCUCACCUCACCCGUGACAGUGUCUGCGACCUUUGUGAGGUCAUGGUGUACCAACCCGACAGGCACACUCGGAGCUGCACGGUUAUUUUCCAAACAGCCUUAGCCACAGCAUGGCAUAAGGUUGGGGCGCCGGACACGGCCCCCGUCGCCAGGGAUGUGAGAACUUGCAUCACUGAUGAGUUCCUUGCCAGGCAACUCAACCCCGACGUGCACAGGCAGGGCAAAAUGGAGGCAGGAGACAGCGAGGUCAUUGACAUGCUGACACGGCACUGUGGACUUUGCCUUCAGCGAUUGACGAAUCAACAGGACUGGAGGCGACGCUGUGCCAACCAGCACAAGGAGGCCUGGAAGCGAGCUGAGGGAUUUGCAGAGUUGGUACACGGUUUGAGGAGAACGGCGAGGGGCGGAGCAGGGAGGGCAAAGGCCCAGGCAAAAAGGGAGCCGAUCCCGGCCCCAAACCAGCAGCUGGCAAAGCAAGUGCAAGUUCUAACCAAGUAUGUCAGCCAGCACGCCAUGGCGCUGCAACUGCUGGAGGCCGACAGAAGUUGGGUUCUCUGGAUGGACUCUGGAGCGAUGGGCAUCAUACCUCAGCUGGUCAAGACCACGGCCACCUGGAAGGAGAGCCGAGAGCAGAACAAGUGCACCUGCAGCCUUCGCCAGGCUCUCCUGGGAUCGCUCCUGCUGGAGCUGCAAGCUCGGCUUGCGAAGAUGGAGGGCGACAAGGCGGCACAGGCGCCACUCAUUCAGAGGAAGAUGCUCGUAGCAGAACCAAUGGCGUGGUCGUACACGAGAUGGAAUCCGGACAAGAAACUCCAGGAGCCCAGAGAGGGCAACCCGCUCUCUCAUCAGGAUGCAAAGGAGGCAGUUCAACUGCUGAUGCGAGAGGCCGUCAAGCCCAACGUCAUCCAGCGCUUCCAUGCUCUAGGCGGAGUCAAGGAGGACAGGCCAGGAGCCACGACGUUCGUGCUGACAGUCUCCCUGGACGCCGAUGCACGGCCCAACAUCAACAAGGCACUCCAUGCUCUCACGGAGACAGCGGCCACCGCGCUCAUAGGAGCCAGGAUCCGCCCGGAAAGAAGCCACAAGCCACUUCCAGAGGACCUACAGCGGGCCAUCGACGCGACGAGAAGGCAAUGA